AUGGGCUCAAGCUUCUCGAUCCUCUACGCGAUGUGCUUAUAUGGGAUGUAUCGAGCAUCGUUGUUGAAGAUUCCUUGCUACAAGCUUAUGUUUUUCAACGGUGUCCUAGACAUCGUUGACCUAUUCCUGAUUUCGAGCGCCAUGGCAUAUUUUCAUUUUACGGGAGCAGUUUUCUGUUCUUCACCGGUGCUGGAUUGGAUUGCAGGGCAUUUUGCUUACAGUUUCUGGCUCGGAUCAUCAUUCAACUGCAUGGUUUUGGCUAUCAAUAGAUUCGUAGAAAUGAUUCCGUCAGUAGCAUUCCUGCGAUUCCUUUUCCGAGGAAAGAUAUUGUACAUAUGGAUAGUGUUUUCCGUGGCUUACAUGCUCAUGGCGUGGUUUGCGCUAAGACCGAUACCGUUCAACUCUGCUGUCUCUGCAUUCAUAGCUACACCAAUGAUCAGAGACUUUGCCUGGGAAUAUCUACAUUUUACUUCUGCUUACCAGCUCAUUCACAAUGGCUCUCUGCUCAUAGUUAUGACUACGACAUACACAAUUCUUUGCUACCAUCUAUACGUUUCACGCAGAAGAACCGGUCGCACUGAAAACUAUCGGAUUUUUAUGCAGGUGUUUCUCAUAUGUCUUUCUACUGGCUUAACUGCUAUUGGUUACGUGUUGCUGGGAUUUGUUAUCGUGCCUAGAAGCGUGGUUAUAGCAGCUCAUGUAUUUUGGCAACUCAGUCACGGUGUACAUGCAAUAAUCUACCUAUGUUUCAACAAGCGGAUUCGAAAAGAAGUUAUGGGUACAUUUCUCAAAUCCAGUUAUGUGGAGCAAUCUACGGGAACUGCUAUCACCUAA